UAAAGGAUUUGCUGAAAGUUUUGUAUGAGAAGGCUUGUCAGCAGAAACUCUGGGGUCUGGUCCGUCAUACAGCUGGGAUGCUUGGGAAGAGAGUGGAAGACCUGGCAAAAGCAGUUACUGAUCUGCUCGUUCGUCAGAAGCAGGUGACUGUUGGUAUGCCUCCUGCAAAUGAGCAUACCAUCACAGCACCACUUCCAGAAAUUGAUCUGCGACAGUUGAUUCAUCAAGCGUAUGGUGAUGAUGAGAGCACUGCCAUGUUGACACAGGAGUUACUAGUGUACCUGGCUAUGUUCAUUAGAACAGAACCACAGCUUUUCCUAGAAAUGUUAAGACUUCGAGUUGGUUUGAUUAUUCAGGUGAUGGCCACUGAACUUUCUCGAACGCUGAUCUGCACAGGAGAAGAAGCAUCUGAACACUUGCUUAACCUGUCUCCAUUUGAGAUGAAGAAUUUAUUGCACCAUAUUUUGAGCGGAAAGGAAUUUGCUAUUAGCAGUGUUGGACGCGGGAACUUCUCAGUAAUCAGUUGUAAAUCAAGUCGUGUUAGUAAGAAGAGUCAGAUUGGCAGCCUGUUAGGUGGUGACUCGGAAGGGACUGAAGAUGUUGAACCGGACCGUCAAGGGCAGUGGCUGCGAAGACGCAGACUUGAUGGAGCACUGAACAGGGUACCUAGGAAUUUCUACCCUCAUGUCUGGGGGGUAUUGGAAAAGUGUCAAGGACUUGCCAUUGAAGGUAGAGUUCUCCCUCAGAACUUGACACAAGAGAUGACUCCUGGAGAACUGAAGUUUGCUUUGGCUGUGGAGACGGUGCUUAACUCUAUUCCCCAGCCAGAGUAUCGACAGCUCAUCGUUGAAGCUCUUAUGGUGCUCACCUUAGUUACUGAAUACAAUAUUGCUGCCUCUUUGGGAGGCAUCAUUGCAGUUGAAGAUCUUGUGCACAAGGCCAAUCAGAUCUUCCUGGAAGACCAGAUGAAAGUGAAUGGGGAUGCAACACUUUGUUGUGCAAAGCCAAAAGAUAAGAGAGAGAUAACAUCAUGUGGGGGACUUCUGUGUGGAGGAGCAGCUUACAUCUGUCAGCAUUUUUAUGACAGUGCACCAAGCGGUAGCUACGGCACAAUGACGUAUGUUACACGAGCAGUUGCUGCGCUUUUGGACUGCCUACCACGUGAAGGAGAGGUGGACUGUUCUGUAAGUUGAAAUGUCUCAGGUAAUGACAAGUAUGAAACCAGAGAUUUGGAAGCAGUGAAUAGAAUCCAAAGUAAAAGAUACAGACAGACAUACACAGUUAAUUAUCAGGGUUCUGAAAAGGUCAGAAAUUUUAAAAAACUUCCUAAUUUUAAUUUCUAGGUAGUUAAUAUAUAAAGAGGCCCUAAUAUUUUGGUAAUUUGACUAUUACCCUCUGUUAGUAGUGUAAUGCUUUUCCCUUAUAAAUACUGAAGUUCGUAUUUCUGAUAGUGUGAUUAUAGUAUACCAUUCCGAAACUUUUCUUUGUAGAACACAAAAUGAAGAAAGUGUGUUAAUAAAAUUACAAAAUAACUGAGAUUGAAGUAAGGAUUUAUAUUUUAUUUUGUGAACCUUGGUCUUCUGGGUUGUGACACCAUGUAGUCACAGAAAUGCUUACCAGUAUUUCAGAGGAAUAUGUCACCUCUAUCUUCAGGGUAAAGAGUAGUGAGGUUAUAUGUUCCCUCAAUGCAUUGGUAACCACCUGUAAGACUACAUGGCAUCACAACCCAGAAGACCACAUUCAGUUAUCAUGGCCAUGAAAACUUCAGCUCGCAUAUCUUUGUAUUUUAUUUAAAUUCCUAUUUUUUGUUAAUUCCUGAUUCAUUGGCAAUAUAUUCUGUCAAAGAAAUGUAAACAUGUGCCCUCUACAACUCUUUUUCACUUCUGAGUACCAGUAUAUUUUUUCCUAGAAAAAAUAAAAGCACUAUAGAUACUAAAAUAA